AAUGACAAUUUAUAUCAACCGCGCGGUUCGUAACUUAUGUAUUGUGUUUUGCGCGUGUGAAUUUGUGGUUAUAACGUUAAUGUGCUUAUGGACUAUUAUACGCGAUACUAUUUAGACCUAUUUUUACUUCAUUAAUUUUCUUUAAUAAGAAAAAUAUAUUCGUGUAUCAAGAUGCCGGAUAUGAAGUACAUUUUAGUCACUGGUGGAGUUAUUAGUGGUGUAGGAAAAGGUGUCAUUGCAAGCUCAUUUGGCACGAUUCUAAAGAGCUGUGGAAUUGAUGUGACUUCAAUUAAAAUUGAUCCAUACAUUAACAUCGACGCGGGAACAUUUUCUCCUUAUGAACAUGGUGAAGUUUAUGUACUCGAUGACGGUGGGGAAGUUGACCUUGAUCUUGGCAACUAUGAGCGCUUUUUAGAUAUAACUUUACAUAGGGAUAAUAAUAUUACAACUGGCAAAAUAUACCAGCAAGUUAUUGAACGCGAGCGACGAGGGGACUAUCUAGGAAAGACUGUGCAAGUUAUACCACACAUAACCGAUUCAAUACAAGAAUGGGUGCAAAGAGUAGCUCAUAUUCCUGUUACACCCGAAAACACACCACCAAAAGUGUGCAUUGUAGAACUGGGUGGCACAAUCGGUGAUAUAGAAGGAAUGUCAUUUGUAGAAGCAUUUAGACAGUUUCAAUUUCGAGUAAAAAGGGAAAAUUUUUGCUGUGCUCAUGUCUCUUUAAUACCUAUGCCAAGGUCAACAGGUGAACCUAAAACUAAACCAACACAAUCAUCAGUGCGUGAAUUACGUGGUCUAGGACUAUCACCUGAUUUGAUUUUAUGUCGCUCGGAAAAACCUAUUAACCAUAAUGUCAAAGAAAAAAUAUCUAACUUCUGUCAUGUUGCACCAGAACAGGUUAUAUGCAUCCAUGAUCUUACUUCCGUUUACCAUGUCCCACUCCUAAUGGAAGCACAGGGUGUUGUCCAAUAUUUAAAUGAAAGACUACAGUUGAACAUUGCCUUACCGAGACCAUCAAGAUUUAUGCAAAAAUGGCGUAACCUCGCAAAAAGAGUUGAUAAUUUGCGGAAAGAAGUAAACAUUGCUCUCGUUGGAAAGUAUACAAAGUUAGAAGACAGCUAUGCUAGUGUUACUAAAGCGUUACAACACGCUUCUAUCGCGGCCUGCUGUAAACUUAACUUGACUUACAUUGAAGCUGUCAAUUUGGAAAAGCAAACAAAAAUCGACGAUCCUGUCGUCUAUCACAAGGCAUGGCAGGAUCUUUGUAAGAGCGACGGGGUCAUAGUUCCCGGUGGAUUUGGACAGCGAGGUAUUGAAGGCAAGAUAGAAGCAUGCCAAUGGUGCAGAGAGACACAAAAGCCUAUGCUUGGGAUAUGCCUCGGCUUGCAAGCGUCUGUGAUUGAGUUCGCUAGAAACGUGCUAGGAUUAAAGGGUGCUAAUAGUACGGAAGUAAACCCGGAAUGUGAGGAUAAAAUAGUUAUCGACAUGCCAGAACACCAUCCGGGUAACCUCGGCGGCACGAUGAGGCUCGGAAAGAGGAAGACUUAUCUGGAACCUAGUAUUGUGUCAAAGUUAUACAAAAAGGACGUAAUUGAAGAGCGUCACAGACACCGCUACGAAGUGAACCCGGAGUACAUCGAGCGCCUGCAGGCGGCUGGCCUGCGCUUCGUGGGGCGCGACUCUACGCGUACGCGGAUGGAGGUGGCGCUGGUAGACUCGCACCCCUACUAUGUGUCCGUGCAAUUCCACCCAGAGUAUCUGUCGCGUCCGCUAUCACCCAGCCCGCCAUUCUUGGGACUAAUUCUGGCAUCUCUUGGAAAACUAAAGAACUAUUUAUCUAAAGGAUGUCGUUUGAGCCCCAGAAAUCAAUCAGAUGUCAGCUCAGAUGAGGAUGAAAUAUCAGAAGAAAUAUCAUCCCUUACAUUAAUAGAUGAAAAGAAGGUGGUUGAAAAUGGAACAGAUAUACUAAAUGGCGUGCAUUAAAUUUUGUUAUCAUCUUACAUUAAUCUGUUUGUUAUCAAAAGAUAAACGACUUAAAACGUAGAAGAAAUAAUUUACUAACCUUUACUUAUCAGUUAUAAUAUAAAAAAGCAAUGUGAAAGUAAUUGAAAUUUAAUCUCAAAUGCAAAGGCAAGAUUAUUUUUUUGCUAUAUUUCAAUUAAUAAUCCUAAAUAUAAUCAAAUCCCUUCUCCAUUAAAAGCCUUAUAUUUACGAUAACCUAAGGUAUAAUAAUAAAUACCUGAGUGGAAUGUUAUUUUAAUAAAUAAUGUUCUUUAUUAACUGAAUAAAAAAUAAAAUCUAUCUAGUGUUUCAGCAUUUUCAAUGAGUGUAAAGUUAUAAUUGCUAAGUUAAUAAAGUGUUAUUAUCACUGGUAGUUUGUAACUUGUAUUUUUUUAUGUAUAAUUUAUAGUAAAUAUUAAAUAUUCUUCUAUAAUAUUCUUCUUUGUUUAGGUUUAUGUAUGUAGUUAUAAAAUUGAUAUUGAUUUAUCGUGAUAAUUGGUGAUCAAUGUUGUGAUUAUAUUGCCUCAAAGACAUUGCUUGAGAGUUAAUUAACUGCCGUUUUUUUGAGUAUCGAAUAUUAAAUUGGAGCAUAAUAUUCAGUUUUUGUUUUUAUAAGGAUAAGUCGAUUGGAUAGUUGCAUUGAAUGUUUAGUGAUUUUUUCUACAUUCUAUCAACACUUUUAAAACUCGCUGCACAUAGUUAUUAAGAUUUAAGAUUUCUAUAUGUUGUGUAUAGAAGUAAUUGAAUGUGUGUGAAUUUUAUCUGUAAGAAAACUUACAUUGUGUAACAACAAUAACUGGAAUGAAAGUGUCCUUAUAUAGUUUGUAACUUAUUCUUUUUGUAAAAAAAAUAGACACCGCUUUGUUUAUGUGAGCUUAAUAGCUAAUACAUAUUUUUCAUAUUAAUACUUAUUCAAGUAAAUAAUCAUUGUUAUUAUUUUUAAAUUUAUAUUUUGUAAUGUUAUAUAUAUGUAAUUAUUUGUUAGGAAUCUCGUUUAAGUUAAUUUUUAAGUAAUUUUUGAAUGAAACUGUGCCAAUUAGAUAAGUAUUUUCAUUUUAAUAAAAAAUGACAAAACCAAUAGCUCAAAAUACUAUGUUUGAAUGAACAUCGGACGGAUCUCAUUAGUGUCUGGAUAUAAUAUUCAAAGCAUUUUUUUAAAUCAAUCAAUAAAUAAAACAAUAUUUACAGUAAUCACUUAUGUAAAAUAAGGUAAGGGUUACUACACUACUGUACACUUAAAUGUACUAUAUCGUGUAUUACUAAAGCUUAUACAAAUUAGAGUCAUUCCAAUAUCAAACUUAAUGCAUAUGCGAAAGAAAUGUGUUUUAAUAGGCUUGUAAGUAAUGGUAAUUGUUGUGUAACACAUGUCAUAAUAAAUUAUAAUCUAUGUUAA